GGAAAGUUCGUAUUCCAUAUCAAAAAAGAACAAAUGAUAAAACUGUUGAUUUGGGCAGCGAAAUUUGGAUAUAUAUAAUGUUCUUUCUGCUCAGCGAAUUCACCUUUCUACUCAUAACGGCGGCCACUCUUCUAUACAUUUACGCACGACAUGUCAAUAAUUACUGGAAACGUCAUAACAUCCCCUACAUCCAGGGAACCCCAUUUCUUGGUAACAUCGCUGAUUUAGUGUUCAUGAAAAAAAGUUCUUCCGAGUGGAUUGUUGACCUUUACAAUCAUAAGGAUGCUGUCAACCACCCAUUCGUCGGCAUCCAUGUCUUCCAACAGCCAGCUCUCCUGAUACGAGACCCCGAAUUGGCCAAAGUAUUUUUGAUUAAGGACUUUGAAUGCUUCCCAAAUAGGCAUUCACGACUUUCAAAACGGGUGGACCCACUUGGGGCCCAAAUUCUCUUCUUUCUGAGAAAUUCGACAUGGAGGCAGUUUCGACUGCGAAAUUCGCCUAUGUUCACUGGAAGCAAAAUGAAAUCGGUAUUCCCACUUAUUGCUGAGAUUGGUCAAAAACUCGAUAGGCGGUUAACCAAGCUCACAAAGGAAAAGCCUAUUGUUCAUGAAAUCCAUGAUUUAGCGUCAUUCUUCACGGGGGAUGUUAUCGCAAGCGUUGCUUUCAAUAUAAAUGCCAAUAGCAUUGAAAAUAGGAACAACCCAUUCCAUAUCAUAACAUCGAAAGUAUUCGAAUUCAGCAUACAUCGCAGUGCAGCAAUGGCAGCCGCAUUUUUCAUACCUUCGCUGAGUGAAAUUAUGCGGGCAAGGUUCUUCCCAGAUGUAACUGCGAAAUUUUUAAGAUCAGCUAUUGUCGAUGUAAUCAAUGAUCGAGAGAAAACAGAAGCCCGAAGGAACGACGUUAUUGAUAACCUUAUCAAUUUGAAGAGACAAAUAAAAGAGAAAACUGGUGAGGAUGUUGCCAAAGGUGAUGCCGAUCUGUUAUAUGCCCAAGCCGCCGCCUACUACACAGCAGGUUUUGGAACAACCGCCUCCGCAUUAGGUUUUAGUCUGUUGGAACUGGCGAAACAUCCUGAAUGUCAGGAGCGACUAAGAAAGGAAAUCCAUGACGUACUUUUGCAAUAUGAAAAGAAUAUCUGCUAUGAGGCUGUGAUUAAAAUGGAAUAUCUCCACAUGGUUAUUUACGAAGCCAUGAGGUUCUACCCCACAUUACCAUUUUUGGAUCGAGAAUGCACUUUAACCGAUGGACGCACGCAUUUUUCAAUGGAGCCUUAUAGCGAUUUCAAAAUACCAAAUGGUAUGCCUGUUUACAUUCCAGCAUACGCAUUGCAUCGGGAUCCAAAGUACUUCCCGGAACCGGAUAAGUUCGAGCCGGAACGACAUUCCCCAGAAAAUAAAAUGAAAAGACCGGCCUGCACCCUCUUACCAUUCGGCGCGGGACCACGUAAUUGUAUCGGUGGAAGGUUGGGCUUACUUAUCGUCAAAAUAGGUCUUGUUUAUUUCUUGUUGAAUCACAAAGUCAUGGCCAAUGGACAGACCCCAAAGCAAAUAAAACUAGAUAAAAGAGCGAUGAUAAUACAGUCGGAGGAUGGGCUCUAUUGUGAUAUUAUACACGACCCUAUAUUCAAAUGAGAGUUAAAUAAAGUUAAAUUAAGUCGGUAUUUACCUAAACUUAGAGAACA